AUGGAUUCUGAAAGGAAUAGAUAUAAGUAUAUUUUUUGUGGCUUAAUGUCCGGAAUGUUGACUAAAACGGCAUGUGCUCCAUUCGACAGAAUCCGCCUUCUCUACCAAGUCCAACCCAUGUUUGCCAACAAAGUUGGAAGGGGAAAUAACAGGAAGUAUAAAGGAAUUUUAAAUACAGCGCAUGUAAUACUAAGGGAAGAAGGGGUUGUAGGACUUUGGCGCGGGAAUAUGAUAAACACUGUAAGGGGCGGGGUUUGCUACGCCACAAAGUUUGGAGUUACAGAUAUUACCAGGGAACUUUUAGACGGAAUUGACAAGAAUGGAAGCCCUGGAUCUUUCAAUUCUGUAAUUGCAGGCGCUGUGGCUGGUCUCAUACAAAAAUCUAUAUCGUACCCACUGGAUGUUGUUAGUGUUAGAAUGGCACUUGGUAUUAACACUUCAAAUUUGAAUAAAGAAUGUACAUAUCGCGGAAUUUUUAAUUGUGUAUCGCAGAUAUACAACAGAGAAGGAUUGUGUGGAUUCUUUAAGGGAUUUGCACCAACAAUCUGCACUGGAAUACCAUAUAUUGCAUUACAAAUGGGAUUGUUCGACUUUUACAAAAGAAAAUUUAAAUCAAUCUUGGAACCUGUGGAAUCUGAUGAAAAUUUAUGGUCUAACGUUAAAAAUUUGGCAAUUAUAUCAUCUUUAUCAGGUUCAUUAUCCGGAUUUAGUGCGUUAUUAAUUGUAUUUCCUGGAGAUACUGUUAGGAAAAGGAUGAUGAACAAUGCCAUUUCCAACCAAAAUAGAUUAUACAAAAAUUCGUUGGAUUGUUUCAGAACUAUUCUCAGAAGUGAAGGCGUACUAGCUUACUAUCACGGAUUGUUCCCAUCUCUCCUAAAAUCAAUCCCUUCAGGAGCCAUACAAUUUGUUUCUUACGAAAUAUUCAAGCAUAUAAUUUUAUAA